CCGAUUAUGACUCUGCUGUUUGGCUACAAGUUUUAAGCCAGGUUAGGCCUACCCCACCUUCAAAAAAGUUCCCGCGUUUUCCAGAGCUUCAGAACAUAGAUCCACCUUCGAGAAGAGAGAAAGGAACAUGGAGUCAUGGAUACCGCUAAUGGACAUUUUUCUCAACAACCCAACACCAGAAGUGGAAGCAUCUCUCUGGCUACAACAGUCUUUCAGUGCCACAUCGCGGGCGUCUUCAACCUCAACCCCAAUCACUACAAGCUCUCUUAUUUCUUUGCUCACUAAACCGUGCGAUGUCAUUGUUAACGAUUCAUCUUCUUCUUCCACCACGAAAACGGUUAUGUUUAUAGAGACUUUACCGGGGUUCGUACAGUCCAGGAUUUUAUCGUUUCUUGCUUAUGAGAAUAAGAGAUUUAGUGCACGUGAGCUGCGUGGAUUAGCCAGGGGUGUAAUGAGUGGAGAUGGGGGGAGUGAUUUUUGGGUUAAGAGAACUGCGCGCCAUCUGUUUGAUGCAGUGUCUCACUCUAAUUAUGAGUGGAUUUCUAGGUUGAGUUUGGAUUCUGAGGAACAAAUGUUUGAUGAAGAGUUUGAUUCUUUGCCGUCUUGGCUUAAGGACUCUCUGAAUAAUAACGAGGAUUUGCUUUUCCCUUGGCUUCCGAUAUCAAUCAAUGAAUUGAAUUCAAGAACCUUUGUCACUGCUUGUGAAGACGAGAAUGAUGAGGAUUCAGUGAGUGAACUGAGAGUGAAAUUAGAGAAUGAACUGAAUGUAGUUGUGCUGGAAGUCCGGCAUGAUUGUCCUGCAGAUGUUUGUACACAAGGUGAGAUUGGAAAAUUGGCAUCAGAUUUGAGAGAGCGGAUUAGGAACUUUGAAUCUAGUUAUAAUACUGUAGCUUUAGCCAAUGAAAUACAGCAACUUUGUUUAAAAAAAGGAGUAGAUUCUUUUACGGUUUUGGGUUUGAUUGAACCUUGGAAAGCAGAUGAUGAGACAGCUUCAGUUCUGAUUUCUCAUUUUUUAAGUGGAAGUGAAGACGAACUUGUUUGGCCAAACCAGGUUCUUUGCUCAGUUGUCCUUCCUAAGUUAUUGGUUCUUGAGGAGCCGGCUUCUCGUGUCCUUCUGGGUGCAUUGAUAGAAUACUGCAAGAUCCAUCAGAGAGCUGCCGAGUAUGCAUUAGUUUUUCCUUUGAUAUUGCGAAGAGAAGGUAUCAACAACCCUAUUUGUGAUGUAAUAACAAGGAUUUUUAGGGAAUGCCUGCACCCAGCUCAUGUUUCAGCCUUGUGCCAGAAACUGCUUUGUGGAGGAGACAACGAGAACAAAUUCAUCUGUCUUCCAUCCCACCAAUGUCUUAUCUCUAAUGAACUAGUAUGGACUGAAUCCUUGUUUUCCCUUUUCCAAAAUAACUUGAAUCAUAAUGUUCAUUUAACUCAGGAUUCAAUUGAUCAGAUUGUUUUCCGAGUUGGUAAAUUGACUGAAAUGUUUUCCAAAUCUCUGAAAUUUGGAAACUUUUUGUUAUGUUUGGUCACCAAAUGUGCCCCGCUGUUAAAGUCUCAUAAGCUUUUGUUGAUUGAAGUUGUUGAACACACAAAUUCAAUCCUAACCAAAUCUAUAUUAUCAAAAUUGGCUAGCUUCUAGGGUUGACUUUUCAGAUUAGUCUUGUUGAUGUGAGUUUGAAUCAGUCUUUGGGAACAUACAGAUCUCAGCCUGUAAGCUCUCAUCUGAAAUGUUAUUUGGUUGGAUCA